AUGGAUGAAACCCAGAGUCCAACAAUGGAGAAACCCCUCGACGCUUCCGACGCCGAGUUGAAUCGUGUUCGCACUUCCCAUCUCAUCAACGAUGUUGUGCUGCAUUUCUCUUGGAAGAACCUGAAUGUCAACGUCAAAGACCGCGCGACAAAGAAGCCACUCCGCAUCCUUACCGAUUCUCAUGGCUUCGUCGAGGCCGGUGAGAUGCUGGCCAUCAUGGGCCCAAGCGGGUCCGGCAAAACAACUUUACUCAACGCAAUUGCACAUCGACAAGCUGCUGCAGGGGCAAAGACAACAGGAGAUGUCAUGGCCAACGGUCAGAAAAUGGAUUGGAAGAAAAUCCGGCAACUGUCGAGCUAUGUAGAGCAAGAAGACGCUCUCAUUGGCAGCUUGACGGUUCGUGAGACUAUGAAGUUUGCGGCAGGACUGGCCUUGCCCAAUUCGGUUUCCAAGAGAGAAAGAAUGCAGCGAAUUGACGACCUGAUCGCUAGUUUUGGUCUACAGGCACAGGCUCACACCAUCGUGGGCACUCCGAUCAAGAAGGGUCUCAGCGGCGGACAAAAGAAACGACUUGGUGUCGCAAGCAGACUCAUCACAGAACCCAAAAUACUGUUCCUGGACGAGCCAACCAGUGGCCUGGACUCGACACUUAGCUUCGAAGUGGUGAGCUUCAUCAGGUCCAUCGCAAAGAAGAACAAGCUGAUUGUUAUUGCUUCCAUCCAUCAACCGUCCACCUCGGUUUUCAAGCUCUUUGACAAACUGUGCUUGUUGUCAUAUGGCAAGACGUGCUAUUUUGGCGAUCUACCGGAAGCUCUCCCCUACUUCAAAGACAUUGGCCUUCCGAUGCCAUUCGAGACGAACCCUGCCGAGUUCUAUCUCGACCUGAUCAACGCAGAUCUCGCCAAGGAAGGAGACGACGUCUUUGAUCGCAUCAAACACAUUACAGAGUCUUGGUCCGUAGGCGCGGGGGAUCAAAAGCUCAUUCAGCAGAUCGACGCCAAUGUGUUUUCAUCCGAGAGAAGCGGCGUACCGGAUCUCACAAAAGUCAAGAUCCUCGAGCCCAGUCGCUGGAUGGUGCCCUGGGUUCUCCUCCAGCGCUCUUGGGUCAAAGCCUACCGGGACAUAGUGGUAUACGAAAUCCGUGUCAUCAUGUACCUGGGCCUGGCCGUUCUCAUGGGCACGGUCUUUCUGCGACUCAAGUCGACCCAGGAUUAUAUCCAGCCGUUUAUCAACGCCAUCUUCUUCGGAUCGGCUUUCAUGUCGUUCAUGGCCGUGGCCUACGUCCCCGCAUUCCUGGAAGAUCUCGCCACUUUCACCAAAGAACGCGCCAACGGCCUAGUCGGGCCGCUCGCGUUCAUGGUCGCAAACUUCGUCAUCGGCCUGCCUUUCCUCUUCGCCAUCGCCGUCCUCUUCUCCAUCGUCGCAUACUGGCUGAGCAACUUCCGGAACAACGGCGGCGCGUUCAUGAUGUACACCAUGUGGCUUUUCCUGGACCUGGUGGCCGCAGAAUCGCUGGUCGUAUUGGUGUCUGCAAUGUUCCCGGUCUUCGUGAUCUCACUGGCCGUCACCGCAUUCGCCAACGGCCUGUGGAUGUGCGUGAACGGGUUCCUCGUGCCCAUGAACAUCUUGAACCCGUUCUGGAAAUACGUCUUCCACUACAUCGACUACCAAGCAUACGUCUUCCAGGGCAUGAUGGUGAACGAGUUCAAGCACGAGGUCUUCACCUGCAACAGCGUGGACGGGCAAUACCAAUGCAACUAUCCCGGCCCCCUGAACGCCGAGGGCAAGAUCGAUGGACCGUCGGUCCUGAAGACCCUCAGCAUCGCGCUCAAUGACGAAAAGCAGUGGAUUGGAAUCAUCAUUGCAAUCAUUGCAGUUUAUCGGAUCCUCGGAUACCUGGUACUGGUCCUCAGGAGACACUAG